CGMAUUUUGUCAAAAGUGAAUGCRAAGAYAUUCGGGGGACUCUAAGAGAAAGAUUUAUAACGGGCGAGCUCGUUGGAAAUGAGAUGAAAGUCGUCAUGGUUUACUUCAUUGGUUUUCAAUCUAAGGACAAACGCUCACUCGUCAUUGACCAGCAAUCCUCCAUGAACAUCAAAUGGGUAAUCGACAUCAUGUGUGAGCAUAUUUGUGGGCCCAAAGUCCUCAUUGUGGAUGAUCCAAGCUCAAAGCCUCUCGACGUCGCCACACCUCUUCCCCCUGAUGUUUUGAUGUGUGUACCCUUAGAAAGGGAACCCAUUCAUAGGUCGCCCGGAGAAAGAGACAGUUUUACCUUGAAUCUAGCUCAGAAACUGGCUGCCCACCCUGAGCAAAAGCUGUUGAACAUUAUAAAAACAACAGCUUUCAAUUGGAAAUACCAAAAGGUCGAUUCCAAUUUAUUUUAUGCUUGAAAAAAAGUCUAAUUUAGUAAUAAUUGAAAUUAUAGUUUCCACCAAACUAUGGGCUAUUWCAAAUCCAGCAUUCAGAUUGUCUACURAACUAUGAUCUAUAUUCGUGUUAGUGAAGUGAAGUGAAAAUAGUCGUAAGUUGUCUCUUACGUUCGUUUGUCACAUUUGUUCCAUAGCUUGGUGGAUACUGAAACA